AGCUGAAUGCUCUAUCGUACCAGACGUGCUUUACCACUCGUUCUGAGUAAAUUCGAUUUGAAAUGUCUUUCUGUAGUAUUUGCAAUACUAAAGUUGCGCGAGAGGAUCUUAGCAAAAUUAGCUGCAGUGUUUGCCUCAGUAAGUUUCACUUAUCGUGCUUAAAAUUUACUGGGGAUGAAUUAAAAGCAGUGAAAGCAAGUGCGGCCACGUGGAAAUGUGCACAAUGCAUGACCAAGGAGCGACGGAUUUCAACGGGGAGCAGUGCGUCAUCUGUUGGAGCCAAGAAAGUUGGAACUGCCAAGAAUUCUUCACUGGAUGAAUUUCGUAGAGUCUUUGAGGUGAAAAUGUCCGAAAUGACUGAGAAUAAUGGGAAAACCACAAAAGUUCUGGAUAAGAUCUCGUGCCUCAUUGAGCAGCUCAAAGUGGACACUAAUCAGUUAAAAAAGGAUGCUGCGGUGCUGAAAACUAAGACAGAAUAUUGUGAAUCACGUGUAAAGGCUCAAGACAGAAUGUCUGAGUUAUGUUCUGUGGAAAUUCUUGAUGUUCCUGCUGAUCUUAAAGGAGAUAUUUAUUCUAAUGCAUCGCACAUGCUCACGACUGCGCUGAACAUCGAUAUACCGGAAGAGGCCAUUGCUGACUGUCACGUGAUAAACCUGUCCAAAAAAAAGGCAAGAAACAAGUCUGGUGAUAACGUGAAUCAGGGCAACAUUUGGAUUGUGCGUUUGCUGUGCAAGCGUACAAGAGAUCGAAUUCUCACCAAUGUGCGCCAGAGAGGGAGAGAUGGCAGCUGGAAGCUGAACUGUAAGACCAUGGAGGGACGUGAUUGCUGUGUCAGAGUGAAGGAGAGAGUAUCCACUUACACCAGAGAGCUAUACAAGAAUGCAAGAGGAGCUGCUGCUGAUAACGGAUGGAAAUACGUAUGGAUCAGGGAUGGUAGAGUAUUCGUGCGAAAGAAAGAGGAGGAUAGAGUUUCAGUUGUGAACUCUUCCACUGAUCUCCUUAAGUUGAUUGAUGAGCAUUAACAACAUUUCAAUGAAUUAUUCUAGCUCUACCAAUAGUUUUUUGACUAAAAGCAUAGCAAUUGUGGUGCAGAACAUUAGAAGCUUUCGUGCUAAUUUUGACCACUUUGUAACUCACAUUCCAUCUUUACCUAAUAUCCCAGACCUGUUCUUCUUUACUGAGACAUGGAUUCGUGAUUUUGAAGUGAAUAAUUAUUUUUUGAAUGACUUUGUAACUUUUGCCAAUUGUAAUGAGCGUUAUAGGUCAGGUGGAGUUGCGGCUUUCGUGCGAAAUAAUAUUACUGUCAAUGAUCACCGUAGUUAUCAUAUGAAUUCUGCUGACUGCCUUAUAUUAGAAUGUAUUAUUGAUAAAGUUCUUUUGGUAUUUGUUUGCAUUUAUCGACUUCAGUCCAUACCUAUUCCUAUCUUUCUAAAUGAAAUGGAAAUUCUAUUAAAUAUAUUAAAUGAUUAUGAGAAUGUAUAUUUUCUUGGUGAUUUCAAUAUUGACUUAUUGAAAAAUAAUGUUGAGCGGGAUAAUUAUGUUUUUCUUUUAUCCUCCUUCGGAUAUGAAUAUCUGAUCGACGUUCCUACUAGAUCUUGUGGUAAUAAUUCAUCCUGCAUUGAUAAUAUUUUCGCUAAAAUAAAUAGUCGUAAGCUUUUAACUUUAGUGAUGUUAUUCACCUUGGUAUCACUGACCAUUCCCUGUUGUCUCUUUUAAUUGAAGGAGUUGAACCUUCUAAGUGUGUAUUACCUUCUGAGGAAUCUACAGUGAUCUCAUUUAAAGUCCUUAAUGAUUUGCUUCUUCUGGAAAAUUGGGAGACUGUGCUAGAUAUCUCUGACCCGUCUGAAAGCUUUUCUCGUUUUUUACAGAUUUUAAAAGAAAAAAUAUCUUUAUCGUCGCACGCUAUUAAAAACCAUCACAGUAGAAAAUUAAAACCAUGGUUAUCAAUUACUCUUUAUAAAAAAAUUUCUUUAAAAAAUAAAUUAUAUAAGUUAACUAAAAAGCACCCUAAUAAUAUUCGGUUGAAAAGAAAAUAUAAAAGGUUGUGUAAGUCUAUUGUUAAAAAUAUUAAAAUUGAGAAAAGCAAUUAUUACAUUAAAAAAUUUAAUGAUUCUAGGAAAAAUAGUAGUGCUCAGUGGAAAUUGAUUGAAGAGCUCGUUGGUUCUAGCAGAGAAUCAAAGGCUGUAAUUGCCAAGAUAAUCUGUGAUGAUACUUCUUUUGACAAAACUGAGGACAUCGCUAAUAUUAUGAAUUCUUUUUUCAUUGCUGCGCCAAUUGCUAUAAUUGAAAAGUCAUCACUACAUCUAAUGAUCUUUUUUCUAUGCCUUUACACUCAAAUCUUGGAACUAAGAAUCUAUUUCUCUUUCCGGUUACUAGUUUGGAAAUUUUCCGUGUUAUUAAUAACCUAAAGAAUAAUAAAUCAAAGGCCUUCGAUGGUAUUACUACCUCAUGCAUUAAAAAUAUAAGCCUAAACAUUGUUGAUAUUCUUGCAAUCUUGAUAAACCGUUGCCUAUUACAUGGAGUUUUUCCUGAUUGUUUAAAACAAGCUGUAGUCAUACCAGUACAUAAGAAAGGGUCGAAAACGGAUCCCAACAAUUAUAGGCCGAUAUCCCUCGUCUCCGUGUUCUCCAAGAUUUUUGAGAAAAUAUUAAAAUCUAGACUUGAGGGAUUUUUGAAUAGUAUGAAUUUUUUCAGUAGAGAUCAAUUUGGAUUCACUUCUGGGUGCAGUACGGAAGAUGCAAUUCUAACUUUUGUAAAUGAGGUAGAUCUUGCUCUAAAUGAGGGUGAUUGUGUUAGUGCCAUUUGCCUUGAUCUCACCAAGGCAUUUGACACUGUAUCGCAUGAUAUAUUACUAAGAAAGCUCUUGGAUGCCGGGGUUAGGGUGUGGCUCAGUCUCUUUUUAAAUCUUAUUUGUCUGAUAGACAGCAAGCUGUUCGACUGGGGAAAUGUCUAAGUGAAUUUAAAUCUCUAAAACACGGGGUACCACAGGGUACGGUCUUAGGUCCUCUGUUUUUUAUUAUUUACCUCAAUGAUCUUCUCAAUAUAAAUUUAAGUGGCAGAAUUUUAGCAUACGCGGACGAUUUAAUGAUCAUUUAUCGUGCAAAAUCUUGGCUCGAGGUGGAUGCUAUGAUGCAGAAUGACCUUAUUAUUAUAAGACGUUGGUUAAACAGUAACCACCUAGUUUUAAGUAGCAAAUCUACUGCUAUUCGUUUUCACGGACCUAUUCCUUUGGAUAACAAUAGCUCUAUUAUAUGUCAUUCACCAGUUUGUAGCUUAAAUUGUAGUGAAGCCUGCGUUAGAAUUCCUUACGUAGAGGAGAUUACUUAUUUGGGUUUGAUUAUUGAUAGUCGACUCACGUGGAAGCCGCACCUCCAAAAAAUAACUAACUCCCUUGCUCCUGUUAUUGCUAAGGCAUUUCAAGUUGGAAAAUAUUGUCCAGAGAAGGUUGCGCGAUCAUUUUAUUUUGCUUGUGUUGAAUCAAGAAUACAAUAUGGGAUCACAGCCUGGGGUGCUGCGUUCCGCUCCAACUGGAGAUCAGUGGAAAUGGCUCAAAGAACUGCUCUCAGAGCUCUUUUCCGUAAACGUAAGUUUGAUUCCUUAUUUCAAACGUUUAUUAAAUACCAUAUCCUACCAGUUACUUUCAGUUUUAAAUUUAAAGUCCUUCGUAUAUUUUUUAUUAGGGGUGGUUACCUUGCAUCCCGCAGAAUUAGGUCAUCAAGAUUAGGUCCAUCGAUUGUUGUACCUCACCCUAAAACUGAAUGGUUCAAAAAAACUUUUGUUUAUUUAGCUCCUACCUUUUUCAAUUCAUUGCCUGAUAGAAUGAAGGUUUCAACUUUAACACGUAAUGCGUUCCUUAAGAACUUAUCGGUACUUCUCUGGAAAGAGUUUGAAGCACUACGUCUACCUGUUUCUGCUGUGCGGCAGUGAGUUCCGUGCCUACUGAUCGCGCGAUAAAUUGGUUCCGAUGUGCUCUUACAGUUUGAAUAAUCUCUAUUGACCUGUUCUUUUGAUUUGCCCUUUACUAAUGUUUUUAGUUUUUGCUUGGCGACUUCUCCAAUGGUGGGAUCUCUUUGGGGCCUUCAGCCUUUUCUCUGCCCAACCACUUUGUAAGGGGUUGUCGCAUGCACAUUCUGAAUUCUACUUAUUUUUUGCUUUAAAUUAUUUACUACUUUUAGCUCGUACAUAUUUCUUGUGAGCUGCUGUAAGAGUGUCCCCGGUUCUGAUUUUUUCGGUGAUUUUCUGGCGCGGACCUGCUUUUGCCGCCGAAUUGGCUAUGCUUUUAUUUUUAUUUUGAUUUUUCUUUAGUUUUUUUCUACUUCGUAUUUUUCCGUUUUUGCUCUUUUUGCUUCUUUUGCAAAGAAACUCUUCUCAAGUUCUCUCACACUCUCGAUCUCGUCCCCUCUCUGACUUUUUUCAGUUGUCUCUCUCUCCACCCAACUUAAUUACCUUGAAAUUCUAAUAUUUUGCUAUUGCAAGUAAAACAAUUUAAUGGUUAAACCAUAUACGUUCUUAGUUGUAUUCUCUCUUUAUCUCUAUCUUAUCUCUCUUUAUCUCUAUCUAUUUUUAUAAUAUGUUGUCUGAUUUUUUUUUUUUAAUAUUCAACGUUCAAACUAUGUACCGGCUCAGACCAAUAAUUCGCUAUGUUCUGCCGAUAUACCCGAUGAGGUCGGCUGUGAAAUCAGCGGCAGACGCAGAUAAAAAAAUAAUUUUAUUAUU